AUGUCUACCAACGGUCCUUUUACACUUUCUAAGGAGUCUACAUUGAAGGAGAUAUUGGCUGCUAAUAAAGCCAGUACAGAAUCUCUCAAAACAUCGAAGCCGGAAAUUCUAGAGAUUGCGGCCAAGGGACAGUCUCCACAUACUUUAUGGAUAGGUUGUUCGGAUUCGAGAGUGAAUGAAUGCACAACAUUAGGUUGCUUUCCUGGUGAAGUAUUCACACUUAGAAAUAUUGCUAAUGUGGUGACGGCUGGAGAUUUGUCCUGCAUGAGCGCCAUUCAAUUCGCUAUUGAGUCCCUUAAGGUAAAGAGGGUUGUUGUGUGUGGCCAUACAGAUUGUGGAGGAGUGUGGGGCAGUUUGGCGGACAGGAAAAGUGGAGGUCCGUUGGAUAGCUGGUUACUUCCUAUUCGGGAAAUAAGAUAUGAGCAUCUCGAGGAGCUCAAUAAGAUUGGCUCCGAUCAGGAAAGAAACCGGAAAUUAAGCGAAUUAAACGUACUUCAUUCUGUUGAUGUGAUUAGAAAGCAUCCAAGCUUCGUGAAGGCUCAUAGGGAUGAUAAAGUUGAGGUAUAUGGUGUAAUAUAUGACGUUAAGACUGGGUUAAUUAGAGAGCUCGUGUCACCAGAAGGGACUGCUUAA